AUGGCCGCCUUCGGGCAGCGGCGGCGCAUCUCCCAGCAGGCCUUCGACGCGUGCGUCGCGGAGAACGUCGAGGACUGCGGCAUGGGGCGCGAGGAGGCCGUGUGGAACGCCUACGAGCACUUCGACUUCCAGAACGCGGACCUCAGCGCCGUCGAUCCCGACGGCCCCGGCGAGCGCCGCGAGGCGCGCGACGUGCUACGCAUCCAGGUCGCGCUGCUGGCGCGCGGCGUCGGCGGCGCGACGCGCGCGGAGCUCGACGCCGCGCUCGCGUUCGUCGCCGCGGCCUGCGGCAGGGACGCGGCGCCCAGGGCCGCGGCGGCGGCGCGCGCGACGGUCGUCGCCGCCCGGGGCCUCGCGGCCCUCGCCGCGCUCGUCGACGCCUGCGUCGAAGACGGCGACCGGCCCCUGCUGCUGAAGUGCCUCCCGGCGCUCGCGGCGAGCGUGCGGGGCGACGCGGCCGCGCGCGACGCGUUCCGCUACGGCGGCUGCGUCGAGGCCGUUCUACGGGUCCUGCGCGCCGCCGCGAGCGCCGGCGACCGGCGCCUCGGCCGCGCGGGCCUCGCCGUCGUCGCCGCGGCCGCCGCGGGGACGGAGGGCGUCAAGGCGCCGCUCGUCGCGGGCGGCGCGUGCCCCUUGACCGUCGAGCUCGUCCUCGCCGCCGUCGAAGCCGGCGACGCGCGGCUCGGCGCCGUCGCCUGCCGCGCGCUCGCCGCCGUCGCCGCGGCGGACGACCCGCGCGCCGCGAGCGCCGGCGCCGCGGCGACGGCGACGAAGCUGGCGGACGCGGGCGCGGUCAACGCCUUACUCGCGGCCCUCGCGGCCUUUGGCGACGAGGCCGCGGCGCGGGCCGCCGUCGACGGCCUCGCGCUCCUGGCGGCGUCGGAGGACGCCGCGGCGGAGAUCGUGCGCGCGGGCGGCGCGCGCGCCUGCCGCGACGCGCUCCGGGAGCGCCGAGGGUCCGCGGCGCGGCGCCGCGGCCUCGCGGGGGUGCUGAGACAUCUCGCGGGCGACGACGGCGCCAAGGACGCCAUGUGCGCCGACGGCACGCUCGAGGAGCUUUUAGAGGUGCUCGAAACGUUCCGCGACGAGGACCCGGCGCUCGGCGAGCACGUCGUCGCCUGCCUCGCGCGCAUGGCGCUGCGGCGGCCGGCGAACGCCGCGAAGAUCGGCGUCGCCGGCGGCGCGCUCGUCGUCGCCGCGAUGGCGGCGCACCCGGCGCACGCGGGGUUGAACCGCCAGGGCGCGCUCGCGCUCCGCAACCUCGUCGCCCGGAACCCGGAGCACGCGGCGCCGCUCCUCGCGGCGGGCGCCGAGGCCGCGCUGCGGGCCGCGGCCGCCGCGGACGCGGCGAACGUCGACGUCGCCUUCGCGGCGCUCCGCGGCCUCGGCGUCGAGGCCGCGAUGGCGCCCCGCGGCGACGCGGAUCCGCCGCGGCUCCUCUAA